AUGCCUCGUAUUGGGGCUGAUAUGCCUCGUAUUGGGGCUGAUAUGCCUCGAAUUGGGGCUGAUAUGCCUCGUAUUGGGGCUGAUAUGCCUCGUAUUGGGGCUGAUAUGCUUCAUACUGGGGCGCAUAGGCCUCGUAUUAUGGCGGACAUGUCUUGUAUUGGGGCUGACACGACUCGUCUUGAGACGUGUACCUUGUCUUGGGACGGGUACGCCUUGUAUUGGGGUGGGCAUGCCUUGUACUGGGGCAGAUAUGCCUUGUAUUGGGGCGGGUAUGCCUUGUAUUGGGACGGGUAUGCCUUGUAUUGGGCUUGGUGUGCCUUGUAUUGGGGGUGGUUUGUCUUGCAUUGGGGCGGGUAUACCUCGUUCUAA